AUGAGCACAGAAUUGGCAACAAAACUCGCUUCUGGUUCAAUUGAUGCCUCGCUGGCUGAGGUUGAUAUCAGGUCCAGGGGCUCCGAAUGGUCGGCCACAGGAGACAUUGUUGUAGGGCCCUUUGGCGUCCUUAAUUUCAAUACUUCAAACACGACCACCGUGAACCCGAGGACUUCUCCUCCAGAGAGGAUAGAUAGCCCAUCCGACUUUUCUAAUUCCCCGGAAGGGGUUGCAGCGGGAGACCCAUCCUCGCUGGAGGUUGGUUCGCUGUUCAACAUCGAGGACUUCCUGCAAUGGGAUGACCUGCUUGGCCUCGAAUCUGACCUCUUUGGUACAACGGUACAAGCUGCAUUCGACCCUCUAUCACCUAGAGACCUUUCUUCUGAUGCGCCUAUCUCCGAGGCUGGGAUAUCGGAUAUGGCGCAGCGGAGACACCGUCAGAGCAGAGUAGCACACGAUGCUCACGAUUGUGAAUCUGAUACCCAAUUGGUGUCAUCACGGCAAAUUAUGGCAGGUGUUUUGUCAUCCUCAGUGGAUGUAUUAACAGACGCGCCCUUUCUUUUGAAACAUUUUCGAGACCAUCUUAUUGCGGAGCUGAUGCCUCUACCGACUGGCGAAAAGUCUCCGUGGACAAUCUUAAACAUCCCCGUCGCAAUGCUCACACUCAGUGAACUAACAUUUUUCAGUGAGCGGAGAGUCAACCACGCCCGGAUGGCUAAUUUUUAUUCCAUCCUGGCCUGUUCUGCGUAUCACCUAAGUUCCAAUCCGUCCAGAGAUCUGAGCCAUUCGGCAGAAUAUUGGAAACAUAUUGCCAAUCAGACGUAUCACGAGGCGAAGAACCAUAUCCAGCAGUCUCUAAAGACAGAAUUAUACGGCCCGCGGAAGGCUAAAUACAAGGAUCAGCUGAUGGCAAUCGAAGGAAUGUCGGCUUUUGCGGUACUUUCAUGUCGUCAGAAAGACGCACGGUCUUACAUGGUUGAUGCUGAGCGUCUUCUACGCAUUCGUGGAUUGUCGAAACGUGAAAUAUCCCGCAAGGCACGCCUUCUACAUCAUAUCUACACAUGGAAUCGCAUCGUAGGCGAAAGCACUUAUGUGCUUCACGAUCACAGUCUCUCAGGAUCAUUUACCGAAACAUUCAGUCAUCAUUUUCUCCCCCAAUUGGACCAAACAGGCAAUGACCGAUGUCGGCAAGUCGAUCACAAUCCGCGGCUCGAUGAUUUCCUUCGUCUACGGCCUCGUCAAUUGGAUAGUGACCUCGAUAUUGACGAGCCGAAAGAACGUGAGACCGGUCUCUACGACAUCCAUCUGGAGGAUUCGCGGCGGUUCUCAGAGACCCUCUAUAGCCAGAUAUAUGGCAUCCCUGAAACGUGGCUCAGUCUGCUCUCGCAAACUACCAGGUUAGCCAAUGUUAUGGACGCGUUGGUCAGGUCUGGAAACACGAGGGAUUCAACAAACUCCGAGGCAUGGCAGGCACUUCAACGUCGCAGCAACCGUCUCGAGAACAUGGUCUGCUCCCUUGCUUUAAGAGGCAAUAGCGUCAGCCGUCUUGACUCUCCCGAGUCUGUGGGCAGGUCCCAUAUGCAUAUGAUUCACGCGAUGAACGUUGCUCUGGUAAUCUUCUUUUACAGAAGGAUUCGCAACGUUCAUCCAAUAAUCCUCCAAGGACAUGUUGAUGAUGUUAUUACAUCCCUGAACGAGUUUGAUAUUGCACUGGCCCAAUCCGGCCUCCCUGGGCCGGGGACUGGGUGGCCCGCAUUCAUUGCUGGCUGUGAGGCAGUCACUACCUCACGGCGGGAUGCAUUGCUGCGGUGGAUUGAAAAGGGAGGUGCACGGUCCGGAUUUGCCGUCUUCGAUGCUGCGAAGGAGGUGAUCAUGGAGGUUUGGAAGGAGCAAGAUGAACACCGUUCCAGCAGCACACGUUGUGGAGAUCCCCAUCCAACGUGGGUCGAAGUGCUAAAACGGAGAAAGCUUUGGCCGAUAUUUUGCUAG